UCCCCUCAAAAAUAUGAUCAUCCCAAAGAAAAUUUUUAUGGCACAAACUAUAGCGAAAAAGAAAUGGUUGGAAAUCCGUUCGGUGUUCAAGUGAACGAAACCACCAUGAAGUACUUAGACGCUACCAUAAAUCAACCGAGCAAAUGUGGCAAAGAAACAUUGUUUUUGAUGGCGGUGAUUUCGAGUCCCAUUAACUUUCAACAAAGAAAAUCAAUCCGAAAACUUUGGAGGAGGCCAACACAAGUUUUUGGUUCAGGAGGAACCCUACUAUUUUUCUUAGGUAAAACCACGUCCACAAAAGUGCAAUUCCGAAUUGAAAAAGAAUCUGCUAAAAACAAAGAUAUUGUACAGUUUGAUAUUAUGGAUGAUUAUACAAAACUCACAACUAAAAGCAUCAAUAUGAUGCAUUGGUUUACCGUGUACUGUAGAGACGCGCGAUGGUACGUCAAAUCUGCUGACGACGUCUUCUGGAAUAUUCCCGUUCUGAAUUCUUUAUUGUCGGCAGGAAACCAACACAGACUUGUUGAGAAGUUAUCAAAAUCGAACUUCAAACUUUUCGAGAAGAAAGUACAUUAUUGUAAUCAUUAUUUAGUGGAAAACCCAUACGAAAGAUCACCUGAAAUUAAAUCCGAACGCAGGGCAAGUGAUCAUGGAAACCAAUCGUUAAUAAAUAACAACGCGGAAAUUAUUUGCGCCAAGACGCAGGGCACGCGAGUUUGUCGGUACGAGGAUCGCGAUAGCUGUGACCCAAGAUCCGUGAUGACGAAGUACGAGUAUCCCUACGACGAGUACCCUCGUCACUGCCGUGGGUCUGGGUACGUGUUGAGGAGUCACGUCGUUGAGGAAUUGGUCAAAAAAGAUGCACUGAUUCGUACGUCACGACGCUUACGAAUGGAGGACGUGUACGUCACUGGGAUACUGACGCAGGGAGCGGGAUUCAUUGAGCUCGACAUGGCGAACCUGACCACGACGACCCGCAGCUGCCGGCACGACGGGCGCCGCCCAACGCGCGCCUCACGCACGGUCGUGAGGCGCAAGUGAGGCCAUCGUACGCCUCCGGAGCUCUGAGGCGCGGGACCACCUCACGACGGCCUCCCGACCACCUCACGACGGCCUCCUGACCACCUCACGACGGCCUCCUGACCACAUCACGACGGC